GCAAUUUAGGUAUGAUGUCGUUCGGUCUAUAUUUUGGCUGGUCAUCACCUUCAUUGUCUCUCCUAUUGCAAAAUGACAGUCCUAUACAGUUGACCACCCAACAGGCUGCAUGGGUUUCAUCCACUUUCAUCCUGGGUUCAACUGUGGGCUCGAUGCUCUGUACGUACAUUAUAAAUGUAAUUGGGAGGAAGACGACCCUAGUUCUUACCGCAAUACCAGGGUUGAUAGGAUGGAUGAUAAUAGCUUUCGCGACAUCAGCAUGGGAAUUAAUUGCAGGCAGAGUCGUUUGUGGGUUGGGUAAUGGAUUUGGAUAUGUAUCGGCUACUAUGUACGUCGGUGAAAUUUCGCCGGCUGAUACAAGAGGGAUAUUAACGUCCACGUUAACUCUAGCUGCGAAAUUUGGUCUGUUCUUCGAGUGGGCAGUAGGGCCAUUUCUCUCUGUACGAGAUCUUGCGCUCGUGUCAUCGUCGAUACCGAUUCUCUUCUUUGUUUCAUUAAUAUCGUUACCGGAAUCACCGUAUCAUCUGAUGCGUCGUGGCAGAAAUCAGGAUGCGGUGACGUCUCUUAUGCAAUUAAGAGGAGCCACAGAUGUUUCCAAAGAAAUGGAAAUGAUCGAAAAGUCGAUAAAGUACGACCUGGCGAAUGACACUGGAUUAUGGGAAUUAAUCAGCGUCCCAGGAAAUCGAAAAGCGUUGAUAGUCGUGUUGGGUCUGUUUAUUAUGCAACAAUGGAGUGGAAGCUUGGCAAUACUCUCGUACGCUGAAUUAAUUUUCAAUGAGACGAAAAACCAGCUUGAAGGUAAAUACUUGACCAUGAUAUUGGGUGGUGUGCAAGUGAUAUGCGCUACGAUCAACGCGUCUAUAGUGGAUCGGUACAGCAGAAGGACUUUGCUUCUAAUUUCUGCGUCCGGCGUUUCCAUUUCCACCUGCCUCAUUGCUUUAUUCUUUUUCCUUCAAUACAUCGAAGUGGACGUUAGUGAGAUCGCCUGGUUGCCAGCCGCUGGAUCGAUACUCUACAUCGUCACGUACGCUUUCGGCCUGGCCGCACUUCCGUUUACCAUGAUGAGCGAGAUUUUCCCAACGAAUGUUAAAGCGGUGGGCAGCAUGAUUGGAAUGCUGUGCUGCAAUUCCUCUGCUUUUGCCGUCGCUCUCUCUUACCAAAGUAUCGCGGAACAAUGCGGCAUAUACGCUGCGUUCUGGUUCUUUUCUUUAAUCGCUGCUUUCGGCGUCGUUUUCACAUAUUAUUUCGUGCCGGAAACAAAGAAGAAAACGUUGCAAGAAAUACAAGAGCAGUUGCAUGGAUAUAAAUUGUAAUAAAGUUUGUAAAUAUUCUUCUCCAUUGUAUGUUGGAAUUAUUGUUGAAAUACAUGUGCAGUUAGGAUGAAGAAAAAAUCGAAGAAAGAUUAAUCACGCAUUUUAAUAGUAAGAAGAAUAAUGUUAUCACGAAGGAAUUACAUUAAUAGAAGUUCCAGAUUUAUUCCAGCGAAUGUACUUGCAUCCAAUUUGGGCAUUUGUCUUGGA